AACGACAUCACCACACUCCUUCAUUCCCUUUCUGUCCUUUGCCUUUUACGCAUCAUGUUUCAGUCGGCGUCACGAGUAAUUGCGCGCCCUACGGUGCUUCGCGCACUUCCACGCGCAUCUGCGCCCGCCAGGCGAUUCCUUAGCACCGCUCCUCCGACACAGAAGUCAAGAAGCUGGAAGAGUUUAGCUGCGCGUAUCGGCAUUGCAGGAACCAUCAUUUAUUACUAUAAUACAACUAAUGUUUUCGCGGAGGAACCUAGAUACUCUCCUGCUACGCUACCAAUUACCGAGGAUAAUGGCGAAGAGUUACCUACCAUCGAGGCCAUCACAAAGGAGAGACAGAAGCGUAGAGCCGAGGAAGCUGCUGCAGCCGAAACGGCGGCGCUGGUGGCAUCCGCUGAGAAGGAACUGGAGGGGUCAAAUGGAGAUGGUGCGGGUGGUGUAGAGGCAUUGGAAGAGGAGGCAGGCCAACAAGGCGCAUUCAAUCCUGAGACUGGCGAGAUCAACUGGGACUGCCCAUGUCUGGGUGGAAUGGCUCACGGCCCCUGUGGUGAGGAAUUCAAAGCGGCGUUCAGUUGCUUUGUGUACUCUACCGAGGAGGAGAAGGGUAUCGAUUGCAUCGACAAGUUCAAGGACAUGCAAAAUUGCUUCCGACAGUACCCAGAGAUCUACGGUUCAGAGCUGGAACAGGAAGAGGUUGACAAGCAGUUGGCUGAGCAAGACCAGGCAGCUGCCGACACUGCUGCUAACUCGACUGCGAGCGCUUCCUCGUCGGCUUCUGAAGCCCCUGCGCCUGUCGAACCAACGGCAUCCUACGACACAAGGGAAGACAACAAGGAGAAGAAAUAAGGGCUUGGAACCAUUCUGGAGUCCGUCUGACCGAUGACCUUGACGGUUAAGAGGCUCAUUUGCAUCUCUUGGGGAGCAAUCAAAAUCGGCGACAAGAGGGAUAAAACCCCUUGUGGCAUGUACAUUUCCUCUGUGGCAUUAGUGGAGCUGGAUGGUGAACUUAUCGUGGACUUUGGACGCAUAUCUGUGGCGUUUAGACUCUCUACUACUACACCUGUAAUAGGUAAAAUGUACUAUACAAUGAAUGUACCGCAUAACCAAUCUUGUUAAUACUUAUCGCCCAAAUGCAAGA